GGUCCCAGUCGUGUGUCGUCGUUCCUCGUUCAACGUGAAAUCCGUACUUGGCAAGUGACCGUGCUACGGUGUUGGCUGAAUCUUCCCGUGUUCCCGCAGAGUGGCACCAACGAGCGAGCAGUUGAUUGGAGAUUGUAGCGGAGACCAGCUAAUCCGGCAAAAGUAGUGCGGAAACGAAGAUGUCGACGAUGUACAAUAAAACUUUGUCGGCCCACCAGGCCCACAAGGAGCAUGUGCUGGCCGUAUCCCGGGACUUCAUCUCGCAGCCACGAUUGAUUUACAAAACGGUGUCCGGUGUGAACGGACCACUGGUCAUCCUGGAUGAGGUCAAAUUCCCGAAGUUUGCCGAAAUUGUGCAGCUACGCCUUAGCGAUGGCACGAUUCGCUCCGGUCAGGUGCUGGAAGUGAGCGGCUCGAAGGCCGUCGUCCAGGUGUUUGAGGGUACCUCCGGUAUCGAUGCGAAAAACACGGUGUGCGAGUUCACCGGUGACAUUCUGCGCACUCCGGUGUCCGAGGAUAUGCUGGGUCGUGUGUUCAACGGUUCCGGCAAGCCCAUCGACAAGGGACCGCCGAUUUUGGCGGAAGAUUUCCUCGACAUUCAGGGUCAACCGAUCAAUCCGUGGUCCCGUAUCUACCCCGAGGAAAUGAUCCAAACCGGUAUUUCGGCCAUCGAUGUGAUGAACUCGAUUGCCCGUGGGCAGAAGAUUCCCAUUUUCUCCGCCGCCGGUCUGCCGCAUAACGAAAUUGCCGCCCAGAUCUGUCGUCAGGCAGGGUUGGUGAAGCAAACGGGUAAGUCGGUGCUGGACGAGCACGAGGACAACUUUGCCAUCGUGUUUGCUGCCAUGGGUGUGAACAUGGAGACGGCCCGCUUCUUCAAGCAGGACUUUGAGGAGAACGGUUCCAUGGAGAACGUGUGCCUGUUCCUUAACUUGGCCAACGAUCCGACCAUCGAGCGUAUCAUUACGCCCCGUCUGGCGCUGACUGCAGCUGAGUUCCUCGCGUAUCAGUGCGAGAAGCACGUGCUGGUCAUCCUGACCGAUAUGUCUUCGUACGCCGAGGCUUUGCGUGAGGUGUCGGCUGCCCGUGAGGAAGUGCCCGGCCGUCGUGGUUUCCCCGGUUACAUGUACACCGAUUUGGCCACCAUCUACGAGCGCGCUGGACGUGUUGAGGGACGCAACGGAUCGAUCACUCAGAUCCCGAUUCUGACGAUGCCGAACGAUGACAUCACCCAUCCGAUUCCCGAUUUGACCGGUUACAUUACCGAGGGACAGAUCUACGUCGACCGUCAGCUGCACAAUCGACAAAUCUAUCCGCCGGUGAACGUGCUGCCGUCGCUGUCGCGUCUGAUGAAGUCGGCCAUCGGUGAGGGCAUGACGCGCAAGGAUCACUCGGACGUGUCCAACCAGCUGUACGCGUGUUACGCCAUCGGCAAGGACGUGCAGGCCAUGAAGGCGGUCGUCGGUGAGGAGGCGCUCACACCAGACGAUCUGCUGUACUUGGAGUUCCUCACCAAGUUCGAGAAGAACUUCAUCUCGCAGGGCAACUACGAGAACCGUACCGUGUUCGAGUCGCUCGACAUCGGCUGGCAGCUUCUGCGUAUCUUCCCGAAGGAGAUGCUCAAGCGUAUCCCAGCCUCGAUUUUGGCCGAGUUCUACCCGCGAGACUCGCGCCACUAAGUGGCGGCAGUAUGAUGCUGGUUCGUCGGUUGUUGUUAAGCGUAAGGUAGAUGUUUCGCCUCUCGCACGGGAUGUCAGUGUGUGUAUGUCCUCUCUUUACGUCUACCCUUCUUUCCUUAGCUUAUCCGUAAAUUGGAGGAAACAGAUAUGUUGUAAAUAGUGUGUGGAGUGGCAUUGCGAAAUGUUUCGUCCACAUUGAUGCAUUCCCGUCACGAUAAACGUUUGGAUGGAACUGGUUAUCUUUGAUUAAAAGAAGGCCAACAUUGGCCACCCGAAAAGAACCACAAUUUAUUGCAUGCCACUUUUAGAUGGUAACCGGUGGGAGUGGAAGUAUUGAGUUCUCGCGUUCCUUAUCGCAGUUGCUCUAAAUUUCGUUUUGGUGUGUGUCUUCAGCUGACUUGGCUGACGUCAAAGAUGGUCUUUGGAUAAUUUUUGUUUACCGAAUCGGUAGUCGAGUGCCCUAGAAGCCGUUUUGCAUAGCAUUGACCCCUCUAGCAGCAGCACCAUAAACCGCAAACGUUUUCUGGAUGAUCACGGGCGCAACAGAGUUGAGCUGUGUAAGUUCUUUCGCCGUCAUCGAAACGCACCAAACCAAGCCAACGAAACUAAGAAAUGCGAGUAAAUGUCCAAUAGAAAAAUAACAUCUCAACUAUUGAAAAGACGAAAGAAUAGAAGAGUCAACCUACGAGCGGCGAAAGAACUGACAGCUCGAUCGUUCGGCCAGGCGGAUCGAAAACAGCAUCCGGCACGCCUGUUCGGCGUUGCGCGUGUCGUAACGGAACCAAACACGACCCAUACCAUCGGUUCCGUGGGAUCACUCGCCAGUGGAAACCUGCGGUGGACGGUUGUGGUUGCUAAAGAGGCUCGUUGUGAACGGUUUUUUCCGGGAAAAAUUAUCCUGACACCAUCAGUAGCGAAAGAAUAGUACGAACGGCAACGGAAGGAUCAAUUUCUCCAGCUAAAGCGCACUCUUUAGCUCGUUAUCGCGAUAUGCCGGCGCAACGAUCAUACGGUAUUCCUUGCAUCGAUACACAUUAUUUUUCUUCACAUAUUUUAUCUACUAUUGCAAUUAUCCUUGUUUAUUUUUGUUAUCCAGCUUUUGAUGAAGCGUGUGUUUUGUUUGCACGAUUCGAUGUCCCACUUUUACUAUUUACUCCCUACGUAAGUGUUUAGCUAAGUGCAUAGCCUAAGCGUUUCCUUUUUACAUAUCUAAUCUUAUCUUAGUAUCUACAAUCUUUAUUUUGUUCGUCUGUUUUUAAGGAAUGUUCGGUAUAUUGAAAGAUUUGUUGUCUAUUUAGAUUUUUUCGCUUGCUGCUGCAAGGUCGAAAACUUCCGUUCGGAUCGAUUGAUUUGUCAUCAUGGUGAAGUGAAGAAAAUCAAAAACAGUGCUCCAACCUCGGGUUUUGAAUAGAUGCUGAUGAGAUGAAGCUAAUCCCGUCCCGGCUCACUGGCUGCGCCUUCUGUUACAUGCCAUCGCACACUAGCUACUCUGUCGAUUUGCCAUCAUACGCCAUCGUACAAAACAAUGAUACCCCCUUUUAAUAGACCACGUUUACGACCACGUUUUACGCGGGUGGCUGUUUCGUAAUGGUGACGAAGGUGCUGCCGGUAGUAUUAAGAUCAAACACUCGCUGGGGACGGACACGGGUUAGCUUCUGUAAUCAACAGGCAUCUUUCAACCGAGAUUAGGUACCUCUUUCACUUAAGCCCUGUCGUUCGAUCGUUCGAUAGUAUUUUCGCGCAAGCGCACGCAAUGUUACUUAUGUUAUAAUGUCCAUAAGAUAAGGCUCUACCUGUACGAAACAAACUGGUACGUUUUGCGAUAUUUCGAUCAUCGUUGGUCCAAUCCAUUGUUGAGUGUAGGAGAAGAAGAUAAUCGAAACAGUGUCCCGAAACAGUUGUAGGAAAAUGUUACAACACCUUGUAGUGUUCGCACGGCUCUAAGAGACGAAAGAUACAUAGAGGUUGCUGGUGCCAGUGUGCGACCCAUUAGCAGCUGCUGAUGGGCACACGGUUCUGAGCCACGCCACUAGAAGAAGGCACGGCAGCGUUCGAACCUCGAGACAACCUCCGGAUGUAGAUGUGUUUAUAACUUGAGAAAAAUAUUACCGAGGCCCACAAAGUCGUUUGAGCUCUGUUUCCAUGCUAUUCUAGGUAUAGCCACCACACAAAAAAUAGACAAAAGUAAUGUUAGAUAUAAAAUAAUACAUGAAUACAUAACAAUAUUAUUACUGUAUUAACGAACGAUCACGCUGAAUAAAAAAUCCGAGUGCGAGU